GGCCACUGGUAAUGUGGGAAUAUUAGGAGUCCCAGUGAAUGGCGGGAGAGGAGUAGCUCGGGGGAAAUUUAUAAUGAAUCGUUCAGCAUCUCGAGGUUCUAGAACAAACUCAUACCAGUUUGAAGAUGUGAAAGAGGCAUGCAGGCGAGUACAAAAAAACGAGUUAAGUAUCGAAGAGGCUGUUAAACAGUAUGGAAUACCUAGGAGCACCUUUUUGUGUAACUUGAAAAAGAUGUGGAAGUACAGUAAACAACACAAAGAUAAAAAUGUGGAUAAAAAUAGAAAGACCAAAUCUAAAGAGAAGAAUGGGCAUAAAAUGAGUGCAGAAACUAGCAAGAAUGUAAAAGGGUUGUGUUGCUUCUGCAAUGUUGGCCAUGAACAAGAGCUCCAGCUUGGAAAACUGUAUACCUUCAAUAACAUUUCAGUACAUUAUUAUUGUCUGUUGUUUUCUAGUGGGUUACCUCAAAAUGGUGAUGAUGAUGAAGGCAUCAUGGGAUUUUUGCCCCAGGACAUAGAAAAGGAGAUUCAGCGAGGAAGAAAGUUGACUUGCUGCUAUUGCUUCAAGAGAGGUGCAACAGUUGGCUGCUCCACAAAGAAGUGUCGGAGAACUUAUCAUUACUUAUGUGGCUUAGAGCAUUAUGCUAUUGGCAAAUUUGCUAAUGAUUUCAGGUCAUAUUGUGUAGACCAUCGUGACUAUCAGCAAGGAAAUGGUAUUGGUAAGAAAGUUGAAUGUCCUAUUUGUAUGGAGGAACUGAGAGCAGAUCCAAAGACAGCAGUUUGGGCUCCUUGCUGUAAGAGGAAUUCCUGGUUUCACAAACUUUGCCUACAGAAAUUAGCUCUAAGUGCUGGAUAUUUUUUUAAGUGUCCACUGUGCAAUGACAAGGAUACGUUUUUGCAGGAAAUGCAAAAUGUUGGCAUAUUUGUUCCAGAGAAAGAUGCAAGUUGGGAAUUGGAACCAAAUGCCUUCAGUGAUCUUCUUGAGCGUCCCAUCCAUUGCGAUGCUCCAAAGUGCAAGUGCCCAGAUGGACGCAAAAGUGAUGAAGAUGGCACGAGAUGGGAGAUUUUGCUGUGCAACUUGUGUGGCUCAACAGGUGUUCACAUAGCAUGUGGAGGUCUGCCAUUCACUUGUGUUCACUGGACCUGCCCUGUGUGUGCAGACAUGGUAGCAGACAGUGUAAAACGUAUGCAACAGGAAGACCGUGAUAGGCGUCUUAAAGAAAGAAAUUUCAAAUUAAAACAUGAUUCGCAAGAGUCCACUUCAUAUGAAAAGCCUAGCUCUUCUAAUCAAAACAUGGUAGUUGAUGUAGGAGACAGGGAUCGGACACCUUAUAAAAGAAAGCUUGAUGUUCUGAAUAGGAUUGAAAAAACUCCACUAAAAUUAAAUGUAAGUGACAAUAGCACUGUACUCAAGAUAACGUAUGAAAGCGAUUCUGAUAAUGAAAUUGACAUAGAGUCUGGGGAAUAUCAAAUUUCCCCCCAUACCAUUAUUAGAGAACUUGAAGAACAUGGGGAAGAACUGCCUAUACAGUUAAGGAAAUUAAAAGGCUUUGCAGUUCAAGCCCAAAAGAGAAUGUUGGAGUUGCGCUUGACUGAAGCAGAUAUGGUUAAAAUGGCAAAAGAAUCUCCACAGUAUAAAUCAUUUUGUCUUGACAAGUCAGACAUAACUAGAUUUUAUAGAUACAGCUUGCCUUUGGAAAAGAUGUUACAAAUAGUACCGAUUAUCAAAGUAAUUUUUGCUAUUCGGGAAGCUGUUGUUAAAGAAGCUCAGUCGUCAUCAUCAAAGAAACAGAAAAGAGCAAAAUCACUUACACCAAAUAGUGGUAGAAAGGGAAGAAAUCCUGACCCAAGAACUCCCAAGAUAAAGAUUCCUCUUUUGAAAAGUGCUUUGGCACAAACGUUGAUUGCUUCAGGAAAAUCAUCACGUGCUGUAGGACAAUGUAAAAUGGAAGAGAUUGGAGAUUCCACUUCAUCAGACGGUUGUAGCAUGCAAAGUGCACAGCAUUUCAUUAAGACAGAACAGUCUUCAUUCCUGGAUCAUAGCAAUGUUAUGAGUAAAGUGCAUAAAAAUUUGAAAGAUGGUGUGAGUGAAACUGUUUUUUGCAUAUCUUCCAACAGUGCUAUUACUGAUGCUGCUUCUACCCUAUCUCCAAAGUCUCUUAAAAGCAGUGAGGAGCCCAGUGAAAUAUCAAAUACCAAGUUGACUGUGCCUGUCUUUCCUCUUCAGUCAGAUAAAUUUUCAGCAAGUAAUGAAGUAAAGCAGGAUCAAGACAAAGUAGAUAAGAAAAAUGAAAAUAGGAAGAAUAACACCAGAAUUACAGGCAUUAACCAGGAAACUCAAACAUCAGGAGCAUGCCGUAAGCUGUCACUUCAGUUUUCUGCCAGUACUGAGAACCUGGAUGACUGUCAUUUUUCCAGUCCAUCUAUGUUCAUCUCUCUUAAUUCGUCUGCUAGGUAUGAAAAUGUGUUGGCGCAGAGACCAUUAUUAGCAGCUACUAAUAUCAAAGAAUUGUGUAGUAGUAGUGAUGUAGAGUUGGUGAAAAGUACAAAUAAAAAAUUAACAGAUGUGGAUGAUAUUCCUGCAACUCCAUUGGACGAAAAGAUGGAACAGAGAGUUUUAGGUGUGAAUCUCGUUAUGAGGGAAAACCACAAACUAAGACAAACAGUUUUAAUGCCUUUCAAACCUGACAAUAUGCUAAAUAUAGAGCCUACUAAAGCGAAGAAAGUUAAGUCGCAAAGUCUUGAUAAAAUUAAGUAUGUCCAAAAGACUCUCUCUCCUUUUAUUUUAAAGAAAGCGAGUUAAAGAUGGUUCAGAGUAUAUACACUGUACGAUAUUUACACUUGUUUCCUAUUUACCUGGAUAUACCUAGUACAGUAAUUAAGAUUUCUGUGUUUUUAAUAUUUUUCAUUAAUAUAAACCACCCAAGUGCAAUGAUCUUCGUAGGUUCAUUAGGAAUUUUUUAUCUUUCGUAUAAUGCUGAAGCUCAGGCUUGUUUAUAUUACAUAAAUAUUCAUUAUUUACAUUUCUCCUUCACUGAGGUUUUAAAGAAUGCUAACACUUAAUCUAAAGAAAAAUUCCAUUUACAUCUAAGAAAACUAUCUAAAGUAACUAAAAUAUUUUGUUGGCAAAACAGAUGUAGAUAGAGUAUUAUAAAAAUUAUCUAGUGAUUAGUUUGGCUGUAGUUUUUCUAGGUAUGGCUGACUUGUGUUUUGAAAAAUGUACAAAUAUGAGAUUAUAUCCAUUAACUAGUUCUGAGAUUGACAUUUUGAAGUGUUUUCACAUGACAUUAUUUAUUAAACAGUAAAAUUACUUUAUAUACAUGCCAGCAGCAUCUUUGGUGUUAAUAAAAAUCAAAAUACAGUGGAACCUCUGGUCACGACCAUAAUUUGUUCCAAAACUCGUGCAACCCGAUUUGGUUGUGACCCGAACCUAAUUUCCUCAUUGGAUUGUAUCCAAAUACGAUUAAUCCAUUCCAGACCCCUAUGAACUGUAUGAAAUUUUUUUUUUUUUUAAGCCCAAAAAUAGUUAAUUAUACUACAGAAUACACAGUGUAAUAGUAAACUAAAUGUAAAAGCCUUGAAUAACACUGAGAAAACCCUGAGCAGCAGAGAAAACUAACAUUGCACAAGUCUGUUCUAGACCCCUACAAACAGUUUGCUGUAAAUUUUUUUUUUUUUUUUUUUUUUUUUAGUUUUAAGAGAUGUCUAAUGGCUGAGAAGUGAACUCCGUUAUUUAUCGUCCGAUUUCUUUCAUUUUUGGUGUACGUUAAGAAGCAUCUUUCCAUCAUACAUUGCCCAAGUUUUAAUGGGAUAGUCCAACAAACAACUGAGAAAAAUAAUAUUUACCAAAAAUCAUAUAUGGUAAGCCCUAACUGGGUACUGGCACUACGAUACGAGAAGUUAUUUGUGCACUACCUGCUGAUAAAACAUUGUUAAUCCGAAUUUAUCACGGUCGUAAUUACUGUAAUUUAUGAAUAACUUACUUCCAAGAUAAUUGACAAAAACGAGUGCGCACUGAAAAAGAAAAUUGGGAAAAUAAGUCACACUUUUUGAAUUUUUGGGGUUAUCCUAGGUUCUCUACACAUAUGCUGAUGUGUAUGAUAAUCUCUGUAACUGUAUUUGUGUAUACCUGAAUAAACUUAGUUUUCUGGUGCAUUAUAAGCAUAUAUCACAGUUAGCACUGUACUACACUACGUUUUCUCUAAUAUAAGUAUGUACCCAGGAGGGGAUAAGAGGAUGGUACUUUAUCCCUUAUCCCCGAGUCCAUGGCGAAUGAAUUCAUGUCUGACUGAGACCGACUACAAGGUGAGGGUCUUUGUUAGGUCUACACAAACAACAGAAAGUGAGGAAAAUUGGCACGUGCAAAAGAAAUGGCACGGAAUGUGAAAAUUGGCACGGCUGUGUUUGUUUGGCACCCAAUUAUGUGUUCGUGAUCAGAUGCAAAACUUUGGCGAAUUUUUUGGUUGUGAACUGAUUUGUUCGUGUACCACUGUAGGAGUUCAAUUCCAGGAAUGAGUGACAUUAUUGGUUUUUAUUUUCAACCAUACUAGCAAUCUUCCACCAAAGUAGGGUGACCCAGAAGAGGAAACAAAUUCAUCAUUCAUUCAACUGCUGUCUUGCCAGAAGUUUGAAGACAUAAUAUUCAAAUAAUCUUCAGAACCAAUUUCCCUGAAUCCCUUCAUAAAUGUUACUUGCCCACUCUCUAUCCAUAAAAAUCAUAUUUUUUUAAUACAAUGACUGUUUCCCCACCGAGAAAGGGUGACCGAAAAAGAAGAAACACUCACUGUUACUCACUCCGUCACUCUCUUGCCAGAGGAAUGCUGAUACUACAGUUCGGUAACUGUAACAUAUCUCCACCCCUCCUUCAGAGUGCAGGCAGUGUACUUCCCACCUCCAGGACUCAAGUCUAGCUAACUAGUUUCCCUGAAUCCAUUCAUAAAUGUUACUUUACUCACACUAAUAGCACGUCCAGAAUCACCUAUACCCCCUCCCUCCAACCUUUCCUAGGAUGACCCUUACCCCACCUUCCUUCCACUACAGGUUUAUGGGCUAAGUCGUUCUGUUUUCAUCCAUCCUCUCUAAAUGUCUGAACUACCUCAACAAACCCUCUUCAGCUCUUUAGAUAAUACUUUUAGUAACCCCACACCUCCUCCUAAUCUCUAAACUACAGAUUCUCUGCAUAAUAUUCACAUCACAUGUUGCCCUCAUACUUAACAUCACUGCCUCCAGCCUUCUUUUGCAACAUUUACCACCCAUGCUUCACACCCAUAUAAGAAUGUUAGUACCACUAUACUCUCAUACAUCUCUAGGCUUCCAUGAAUAACAUUCUUUGUCUCCACAGACUCCUCAGUGCACCGCUCACCUUUUUCCCCUCGCCAGUUAUGAUUCACCUCGUAGACCCAUCUGAUGACAAGUCCACUCCCAAAUAUCUGAACACAUUCACUUCCUCCAUACUCUCUCCCUCCGAUCUGAUAUCCAAUCUUUCGUUUCCUAACUCGUUUUUUAUGCCUCAUCACCUUGCUGUUAUCUAUGUUCACUUUCAACUUCCUUCCUUUACACACCCUCCCAUGCAUUUAUUAUUGUGCUCAGGAUGACCGAGUAGGAAUUAGAAACAUAUUCUUAUGCUUUUGGACAUCUUAUGCCCAAUGGCUUUGCUGUUCAAGACAGUUCAGCUCAUCUAUAAUUUUUGUAUAUUUCACACAUGUAGUCAUUAGUGCCUAACAUCGUAAGGUUUUUCUGAAUCACUGUUAAAGAUGAGUUUGCAAAAGUAGUAGUUAUACUGCCUGACUGUUCUAACAGCAUUCUCUAUUGCAUCAUCAACUAUUAAGGGUAGAGGAUUUAGACUACUUGAUUCUAUAUUCAUUCUACAAUGAGUAUGAGUCACUGCUUUUUAAUUUGAAAGCUAAUGACUACUUUCAGCUGAUGGGAGAUUUUAUAAAUUUGGUUCAUUUCAGCUAAGUGAGCUCUGUAUAGGGUUUAGCUAGUAGGCCAUCAUGAACAUUAUGAAAGCAGAGCCUCAUGCAUUGACUCAGAGAGUGGACAAGACUCAGACCUCUGACAAGCCAGUCCUAAAACUAGCAGGCCAAUAACCUGACUACUAGACUGCUCAGGCUUAAUAAGAUUCAUCCAACUAGAUAUAUUUUUAUACACUAGAGAGGUUAGCAGGGAACUUAUUGUGACCAUAAAGGCAAGUUUUUAUGGAUGGCUCUCAUAUCCACAUGGCAGUGCUGAGAUCUAGCUCAAGUCACUCCAAACCUGUUAUCUGUGAUUUGCAAAAAUCACAAUAUGAUCAACAUGCUGAACUGGCAAGACUCAAACUCAUGGCAAGCCAGUCUUCAAACUAGUGGGCUAGUGCUCUAGGCAUUAGACUGACCAGGCUUAAUAACAUUCAUCUAACAAGAUAUAUUUCUAUACACCAGAUUUUUGGGCAUUAUCCAUAAAUUCAUCCACCUAGGAAUAUUUCUUUUUCACUUUUCCCACAAUUUAUGGCCAGAACCUAUAAAGCUGAUACUUCGAUGUCAGUAAAAGCUCUCUGACUCAGGCAGUUGGAGCUAUCCUCCCUUUCCUUGGAUCGAAUCUGAUUAAUUCCCCUUUUGCAAAUGCUGUAUGACUCCUACAGUUUUAUUCUUUCCCCCAAGACUAUUAUAAUAAUUGAGAAGCUCUGCCAUUUAUGAUAGUUGAAUGGCUAUCUAUAUAAAUAGCUGCAAUAAAAUUACACACAAUACCCUAUAUAUCCUUUGUUCAUUAUUUUGCUGAGUCUUCCAUAUCAUUAGGUAUUAACUAGAUAAAAUAAAUUAGUUUGUAUCUCAUAAAUCUGUUGUAAGAAUUUAGAUUAUAUGAUUUCUGCUGUAAAUAUUUGGUUUAUAUGGAAAUAUACAUUAUAUUAGCAAAUAAACUCUAUGUUAAAUGGGUAUUAUUGUAUCGGAUGUAUUGUUUAUGUAAUUUUGUUGAGGACUACAAACUUCAUGGACUAGGCAGAUUGGUCAUUAUUGUAGAAAUACAAAUCUUAAUUAUUUUUAAUUUAGGAAUCUUUGGUGAUAAGUGUUUUGUCCAUGUGUCCUCUCCUAGUGAUGUCCCUGAAGUAGAUUGAAAUAAUUUCUAUCUUAGUUUGCACUUAGUACAGUUGAAAUGUAGACAUUUCAUAUGUAGAAGUCUCACUACAUAAGUAAUAUUAUUAAA